AUGACGACCCAGUUGACGGAAGCUAUUUCUAGUCUUCUCACCGUCUUCCUCAAAUAUUCAAGCAGGGAGGGUAACAAACUCAGUCUUUGCAAGAAGGAGGUGAAGGAAUUGAUCGAAAACGAACUCACCCUUGGGUCUCCAACAGAUGCAGAUGACAUUGCAGCACUGAUGGAAGAACUGGAUCAGGACAAAGAUCAGGAAGUGAACUUCCAGGAGUUUGUCUCUUUCCUGGGAUCCUUGGUCAUGGCCUACAGUGACCUGCUGAAGGGAGAGUAA